UUCUCCAAGCAACCACAAAAUUUCAAAUUUCAUUCCCUUACCAAAGUCUUGUGCUGCCCCUUGGCUCACAGCCUCACACCAAUCACCUAACCACAUCUCCCACUUUGCGUCCAUAAAAUGAUUAAAUUAUGAUAUUCAUUUUAAGUAUAAUACCAGAAAGUAAAACAAGCAACACCCACGGACACGGUGGAAGCUGCGACAGCGCAUCUAGAAAAAGAUCUAAAAGAACAAAAAGGGUCCUGAACCCAAUGAUAGGACAAGUUUGGGCUAAACAAAAAAAGGGCUUUUGCUCAGUUUCCCAGAAAAUAAAAACAUACAUGCAAUGAAAUAGACUUUUUGUCUAGGGUGUUUUUUAAGACAUAGUAUAUUUGCCGUAAUAAAGAAACCUCGAUUCCCUUGAAUUUGAAUAUCAUCUGUCAGCACCACCCACCGUCAUCCUUUUGUUUUUUCUUAUUGUUUUCUGAAAUCUACAUCUCUUUUUCUUUCUUUCUUCUGAUCUGCUCUCUUUGAUUUCAAUCAAUUUCAGCCAUGGUUCCUUUAGUUUGUCUGUUGCUUUUCUUAGCCAUGACUGGCCAUUCAAGUGCGACAUAUUGUUUAUGUAAUGAUGGAGUGGGUGAUCAAGCUCUUCAAACGACCCUGGAUUAUGCAUGUGGAAAUGGAGCUGAUUGUUCUGCAAUUCAACAAAAUGGUGCUUGCUAUAAUCCCAACACUGUUAAAGAUCACUGCAAUUAUGCUGUCAAUAGUUAUUUUCAAAACAAAGGUCAAGUUACAGGAAGCUGUGAUUUUGCUGGCACUGCUUCAGUUAGUGCCAACCCUCCUACAAAUAUUCCCUCCACUUGCACCUAUCCAUCAAGUAGCACAGGCACAACCCCGACCACCACUCCAACAGCUGCGGGGACUCCAACGAGUUUAGGCGGUGGCACAGGUACCGCCUUUAGCCCAACAGGAACAACAACAGGCAUCAACGAGCCAAAUCAUGCUGUUGCUCUCGUCACAAGCAUUAACAACAUUUUGUUCACGUUUUUCAUCACCCUUUGGAUUGUAAUGCAGGGUUGUCUUUGAUGUAAAUGAGAGUUGUAUAUUAGAUUUUGGCAUAUAAAUCAAAUAUAAUUGACAUUGUUGGGUUUAGAGAUAUAUGAGCUAGAGUCAAACCCUUCUCUAGGUCCCUUUCUCUUAGAGAAAAUGCUUUGGACUUUGAUUCCCUUUUGAUUAGAUAAACUUGGGUGGCUACUUUUUA